UGGAGCUGCUGAAGCAGGGGGGAAAUCAGUUGGUGUAACCGCAGGAUUUUCAGAGCAAGCCGGAGGGGGGGGGGUUCUCCUGUUUUUGCAAGUAGGAAAUCUGCUGAAUAAUUCAUGAAGAGCGAAAGGGCUGAAUUUUCCAGGAGUGAUGUACGGUGUACAUAGUGUAGUGCAGAAAAAAGCUGCAAAGCUUCAUAGCAGCUGCUGCCGCUCUUCUUGCUGUUGAUUGCAGAGUGCUGCUUCUCUUGGUAUUUUCACAGCUGGAGCAUCCUUGCUGCUGCCUGCCCUGAACCAUCCUUGCUUGAUGCAUGCUCUGAGCCACCCCUGCUAGCUGCUGCCCUGGACCUGCUCUGGAUCACCCAUUGCUAGCUGCCUGCUCUGGAUGUUGCUAGCUGCCUGCUCUGAACCAUCCUUGCUAGCUGCCUGCUUUGGAUUUUGCAUGCUCUGAAACAUGCCUGCUACCUGCUGUGAAUCCUCCUAGCUGAAUGCUCUGGCUUCUCUCUGCUACAUGGUCUGUGUCUCGGCUUCACAGCCUCCUGACCAGAUAAGGAUGGGAUUUGCCCAGAGGAGUUGAAGCUGAGCUGCAUUCAACAAGAUGCCCAACUUUUCGUCCUCUUCUGUCUGGAGUCCAAGCUCCUCUCUGCUGCUGCUGUUUGAAGAAUCCGCGGGGACCAGAAUCUCCUUGUCUCUCAUCUAUUCACUGUUAGCCCUUGUGGGGACCUUAUCCAAUGUGAUGGUCAUUUACCUGGUCUUCUCCUUCAAGAAGCUACAGACCACCAGCAAUGCCUUCAUCGUGAACGGCUGUGUAGCUGACCUGAGUGUCUGUGCCCUCUGGAUGCCGCAGGAAGCGGUGCUGGGGCUGUUGCCCCCUAGCUUCUCCUCUGCUCAUUCAGCAGGAUACAGGCUGCUGCGGGAUGGGCUCCUUGGCCUUGGCCUCACUGUCUCCCUGCUUUCCCACCUGCUGGUGGCCCUCAACCGGUAUGUGCUGAUCACCAAGGCACCCAGCACUUACCAGGCACUCUACCAGCAGAGGCGCACAGGGUGGAUGAUCGGACUUUCCUGGGCACUUGCCCUGCUCUUGGUGCUACUGCUGCCUGGGCUCUGGACACAAUGGCUGUCACAGCAGUCAUCUCAGCGGGAGAUCAGCAGUGCCAGCAGCAGUUCACACUACACUGCCCUGCUGGUAGCACUGGCCGUGCUCAGCCAGACCAUGCUGCUGCUCCAUUGCUACCUGGGCAUCAUGAGACGGGUGCGGGUCAGCGUCAAACGGGUCAGCGUCCUCAACUUCCACCUCCUGCAUCAGCUGCCCUUCCCUGCUGCCCCACUGCCUGCCCGCCGGGUUCAGCGGCGCCUCAGCAGCGUCUCCGUGCUGCUCCUGUGCUGUGUCUUCCUUCUGGGCACCCAGCCUGUGGUCUGGGUGAGCCUGCUAGGCUUCUUCCUGCAGUCCGUACCCCGGGCAUUGCAGGUGACCAGCUGGCUGCUCUUCUGCUCCCUGUCUGCAUUCAACCCAUUGCUCUAUACCUGGAAGAAUGAGGAAUUCAGGCGCUCUGUGCGCUCAGUGCUGCCCAGAGGAGAGACCCCAGCUGUAACUGUGGCAGCAGCUGCUGCCCUCCCCACGGUGUCACUGCCUUGCCAGGAACAGUCGCGGCAGGGUACCAAAGUUGAGAGCCUGGGGAACCUAGUUCUCCAAUGAUCUGCUUGGGGAUUGCAUUCACUUCCAGAGGUAGCAUCUGACACAUUUGGGAUGAGUGUGAGCGUAGAUGACUCACAGAACUGCACAGCAGAAUCCUCCACUCCCUACGGGAAAGACGUUGAAUGCUGCCUUACAGACACAGCCAGGUUAAAAUGUAUAUCAAACCAAUUUCCUUCCCUGUGUAAUCGACAUCACCAGGGAUUUACAUGAGAUGAAAGCAUUUUAUACCUCUAAAGCCCCUGUGUCAUGCUGUUAGUUUCUCUUUUGCAUUUCUCUCAGCUUGGACAAUGCCACUUAGACUUGUUUAUGGUCGGUUUCACUUCACUCUCUGAGUCUUUUACUUUAGCAUGAUGUUUCUGUGUUCGGGUUGUAGAUGUAGCCUUGUAAAAAUAUUUCCAGGGAGACUCUUCUACAGGGUCUGGGGCUGCUCAAACCCCCUCACCAUAGGCUGGUGCAUCAUAGGCAGAUUUAAAUGAGGGCCUCAGGGUUCUAGACAGGCACCCAGAAGUUGGGAUAGUGAUGCAAACCUGGGGCAGCCCCCAUAACCCUCCAUCCCACAAACCCUCGGCACAGCCGCUUGGGUGGGUGUCCCUGAAAUGUGUUUGGAGAAGGGCAGCAGGUUCACUCCUCUGCUUGCAACUUAAAAGGAGGAUGUUAUGCCCGUUCCCUCUCCUCCAGUUUCUCCCCUCUCCCUGAAGGUCUGUGGGGCUUCUCCAUCUUUCUCUCCCUGCCCACCCCUUUGAGGUUCCUCUCUCCCUUCCUAUUGAAAUCCUAUUUCUCUCCUCUUUUUUUAAUCCCCCUUCUUCUGUGAAUUAGUUUCUCUUUUUUCUCCUUCCCUGCCCCCUCAAUGUAGCUUCUUUUUUGUGCCCCCCAAUUUGCUCUCUCCCCCAAGUUUUACUCCCUGCCCCCUCUUUUUUACUGCAGCAAUGGGAAGGAUGAAAGUCUCUGGUCAGCACAGCUAGGGGACUAGGAGAUGGGGAGUUGGUGUUCGUCACACCUGCUCUGUAGCCUGGGACUUCACACCCCUGCCUCAGCCUUUUCUGCUGGUGCCUUUAGUGCACAGAGGCAGACAAGCCCUCAGUCACAGGCUGCAGCCUGCCUUCCCUGCACCACAUUAUCUAAUUGCUGCAAUUUUUUUUUAAAUUGCCUGUCUGGUGCAAAAGUUAGAGCCUGCAGGACUAGCUUUAGAAACCUGGCCAAAUUGGGAUAAUUGGUAAAUAUGCUUCGGCAUGUAAUUCCUUUCUUAAAAAAACCAAUUACAUGCUGAAACUCUUAUAUUAAUGGAGAAAACUCUGUUUUUUAACAUAAUUUGCUUUGGAUUUUUUUGGACAGCCCUUUAAAUAAAACAAAUUUU